AUGGACCGCAGUGCGCCUGAGUACUCGCAGACAGGUUUGCCUUCGCCCUAUCCAAGUCACACCGGGGACACGCGUUCUGAGGCGUCAUCUUUAGAUCACGCGUCUGCUGCGCAAUACGUGACCCAGCAAGAAGUCCGUCCGAGCAACUACUCUACCACCGCAACUCCCACGUCCGAGUACGGUGUCUACCCGCCCUCCGCGCGGUCUGGUUCUUUCCCUGAGCACAUUCAACAACGCCCGUAUCACCCGUCUCCCAACCACAGUGGUAGUGGAGCCAUGGCGCAAACACCUUCAAGUCCGUCUCUUCCUGUGCAGCCGCAGCAUGAAUCCCCCAUUGAGCCUUACCCAACUUACAAAUCCCCCACGGCGAGGUCUGACAAUGAUGUACCCAUAGAUCCGUCCAUUACGGCGCAGAGCCCUACUUACGCGACGCAUGGCCAAUACUCGCCCUAUGCGCCGGCUUCCGGUGACAUGCAGCACGGCUACCCGCACAGCGGUGGCUUGUAUACCCAGCCGCGUCCGGAUUGGACCGGCUACGGCGGCCAGCCAACCCCGAUCACCCCCGGCCACCAUGUCUUCCCCCAGGCACCUAACUCGGCCCCGCCUCAGCCGCGCCCAACUCAGGUGUACUCUUUCGUACCCAUCCCCGGCGCUCAGCAACACAAGCGUCCUAGACGCCGUUACGAGGAGAUUGAGCGGAUGUACAAGUGCGGCUGGAACGGCUGUGAAAAGGCCUACGGCACUCUCAACCACUUGAACGCCCAUGUGACCAUGCAGUCUCACGGCCAGAAGCGCACCCCGGAAGAGUUCAAGGAAAUAAGAAAGGAGUGGAAGGCUCGCAAGAAGGAGGAGGAAGCUCAACGCAAGGCCGAGGAUGAGCGCCAGCGCCAGGCUGCAGCUGCGGCUGCGGCCUCUGGUGGCCCUGCCGGUGGUGACCCCAGUGGCCAGCCCGGUGACGGCGGCCAGGGUGCGUCCUCAUACGCCGGUAGCCGGCAGCUCCCUCCGCUGGGCUACCAGCCAAACUCAUAUCCCGCCCCGCCUGCAUCCGGCGUUGCAGCCUCGUCGAUUCCCGCCGACUACAACAACAACUACAUGCACCAAAACUACCCGCCAGCGUCGCCUUACGGACCACCGUCCAACCAGCAGAUGUACGGCCCCCGUUAA